GUGUUAUGUUAUCUUCUAAAAAUAUAAAGAUGAAAAGAUCUGAUCCCUGCCCACCAUUUAAUGAACAGGUUUCUGAAUGGCAGAUCAUUCAACCUCCCUUUUCUUGAGUUUUCUGCUCUGCUAUUAUCUUCCACUCAUUUCUGCUUCAUUUUGUGAUUCAUUGACAGAAAAGGAAGUGGAAUGGAGUAAAAUCCCUCCUGAUACGGUACAGUUAUACAUUAAUGGUUGUAUGGUGAACAGCAUCACAUACAAAGAGAGCCAUCUUCCAAAAAUAAGUUUAUACAAUCUCUCCUCCAAUUGCAUCAGGACUUUACCAGAAAAUGUUCUUCCAGAUCUGAAAAAGAAAUGCCUGAAAGAGCUUCCAGACUCAUUUUUGAACAAUACUAGGCUACAAGGAAUUACGUUGGUCUGUACCUGUGAAUUCAUUAAGGGCAACACCAAACCGCUAAACAGCAUUGUUUGUGCAGAAAUGCUGAAAAGCUGUGAAAAUACUUCAGUGGCCAUUACUGUAGGAAUUUCCCUUCUUUUACUCGUGAUGAUUUGUGGAAUUGGGUGUGUUUGGCACUGGAAACACCAUGAGACCACACGAUUUACCUUACCAAAGUUUUUGCAAAGAAGAAGCAGCAGGAAAAAAAACUAUACUAAAACAUUCUCCUGGAGUCCCCACAUUAUUGGCUUACAGCGAAAAACCCCAGCUGAAACCAGAGACCAGAGAUCUGCUGCUAUGGGAACUGACAUGCAGGAGAACUAUGAAAAUGUGGAAGCAGGUCCUCCCAAAGCUGACACAGAAACUGAUAAGGAACUGUAUGAAAACACACAACAGUCUAACUUUGAGGAGCAUAUCUAUGGAAAUGAGACAUCCUCAGACUAUUAUGACUUCCAGAAGCCUCAUACUUCUGAAAUUCCUCAAGAUGAAGAUAUAUACAUUCUCCCAGAUUAAUGUUAGUUUUUCAAAAUACUGAGUGUUGUUAUUAGAAGAUAAAUAUUCAUUGU